GAGAACUAUACAGUAAUCUGAACUUUUCUGAAAGAGCAUUAUUCUCAUACAAAGCAGAACUACAAAGAUGCUUAAAUAUGGGUACAAGUAGAAAUGAUGUGGAAAUAGCUUAUCUCAAAUCAAAUAUUGGUGAUAUUUAUGAAAUUCAGGGUAAAUUUGAAGAUGCUUUAGAAUUCCUUCAGCAAAGUUUAGAAAUGAGAAAAGUUAUUCAUUGCAAUAAUCCUCAUCCAAAUGUUGCAUCAUCACUUCACAGUAUAGGGCUUGUGUAUCAGAAACUAGGAGAAUACACUAAAGCAAUGAAGUACUAUGAGGAGAGCUUACAAAUGGAACGUCACAUCCAUGGUUCCAAUCCUCAUCCAAGUGUUGCAUCAUCACUUCACCAAAUAGGAAUUGUCUAUCAGAAACAAGGAGAAUACACUAAAGCAAUGAAGUACUAUGAGGAGAGCUUACAAAUGAAAAGUCACAUCCAUGGUUCCAAUCCUCAUCCAGCUGUUGCAUCAUCUCUUCAUCAGAUAGGUUGUGUCUAUCAGGAACUAGGAGAAUACACUAAUGCAAUGAAGUACUAUGAGGAGAGCUUACAAAUGGAACGUCACAUUCAUAGUAACAAUCCUCAUCCAGCUGUUGCAUCAUCACUUCACAAUAUAGGAGCUGUCUAUCAGAAACUAGGAGAAUACACUAAAGCAAUGAAGUACUAUGAGGAGAGCUUACAAAUGAAAAGUCACAUCCAUGGUUCCAAUCCUCAUCCAGCUGUUGCAUCAUCUCUUCAUCAGAUAGGUUGUGUCUAUCAGGAACAAGGAGAAUACACUAAAGCAAUGAAGUACUAUGAGGAGAGCUUACAAAUGGAACGUCACAUUCAUAGUAACAACCCUCAUCCAUCUGUUGCAUCAUCUCUUCACCAGAUAGGUUGUGUCUAUCAGGAACAAGAAUAA